AUGUCUGAUCCACUUUCAAUUUUAAAAGGAGAAAUAAAGCGCUUCAGCUUCGUUUCAAAUGAAAAAAUAAGUUUACUCGCUCACUUUACCAAAAAUUUAGAAAAAAUUGCUGUUGCAGUAUCUUGCCUUGAUGACUGUGAUAAUGAUGAAAAAAAGUGUAAUUAUUUGAGAUCUCUAAUCUCUACACCUGAACAAGGUGAUUUUUCUAAUUUAGAUUCUCUGAAGAAUAUUGUAGAGGAAAUCGUCAGAAAUGAAGUAAGUGAUCUUGAUUUCAAAAUGGAGCAGGGGUUUAAUAAAGUACGCCGUGCUAUAGAGGCAUCAAUCUAUUCACCAGGUACUGAUUUAACGAGAACUGACAAGGGUAAAUCUGUUAUGGAAAAAGGAGCACAUAUUGAAUUUCCAUUCGAAUUGACCACGAGUAGCAAAAAAAGUGAAAAUGGAAGAUUUACAAAUCCGCCUAAUAGAAAUGCAGAUUCAGCAGAGAAAGAAAUACAACAAUACUUUAUUAAUGAAUGCAAGGAACUAGAAAAAUCUCCAAAUAUAAAAAACAAGCUUAUUGUUGUAAAUAAACAUUCCUCGCUAUUACUAGGAACUCGAAAACCAGAUUUCCUAUUCAUUCCAAAAGGUUCACAUUUAAAUAUGUUAAAUGUUGUUGCCAUUGGUGAGAUAAAAAAGUGA